AUGGUCGGCCACUGCGCAACUCCGAAGAUGACGACACCCACUGAAGUCAAAGUCUACGACAAGGAUGGCGACCUGAUCCUCCGCGUAGGACCCACGGAGACACUCUAUCAAACCUGUUCUCGCAGUCUCGCUCGGAAAUCGCCAGUUUUCGAGAGGAUGCUCUUUGGCAAGUUUGUAGAGUCUCGCCCCGCUGUUGGUGAUUGGGUGGUCGACUUGCCUGAAGAUGACACCCGAGCGAUGGGGCUGUUUCUGGCAAUGGUUCAUAUUCAGUUCGAUAGAAUACCGAGACCCUUGCCGCUUGCAAGUUUAUACGCACUGCUCACUCUCACCAACAAGUACGAUGCCUCCGCCAUUGUGCGAGGAUUCGGGCGCUCGUGGAUCGCCCCGCUGCAGAACUUUGUGCAGGAUUAUCGGCUGCUGGGAGUCGCUUGGGAACUGGGUGACUCAAUAGUGUUUUCGAAGGUGAUGCGGGCGAUGAUUGAAAAUUCGGUCGUUGGCUCAGAUGAUCAGUUGCAUUUUGAUCACGGCCUUGGACCCCAUCCAUUUCCACUCGAAGAUUUCGUCUAUCUGAGACCGACGAGACUCAUUGAGAUGAUUGCAGAAGGACGACAGUCCUUGAUAGGAGUGGCGUUGUGGACGCUGACCACAGGCCUGAACAUCCUCAGCAGAAAACCAUCGCUGCUGCUGUACGAUUCUGGGAUCGUUGGUCAAGAUCCUUGCUCAUGA